AUGAGCUUAUCUUCCAUUGGGGUCAUCGGUGCCAUCAAUGAGUGUGUCACUUUGUUUCAGUGGGCCAAAUCCGCCAUUUCAUCUCUACACUCCCGAUGGAGUGGCUCACAGCAGCAAGAUCUCCAAGGUCGUGUAUCACAGUUGGAGAGUGACCUACAAGGUCUCAGAGAUACUCUUCCCAUAAUGCAUGACCUCAUUAAUAAAGCAGAGUGGAGGAGCCAUGAUGACGUUGUGGCAAGUCUCCUUCCGAAACUCAAGGAUUCAGUGUCUGAUGCCGAGGACCUUAUUGAUGAGUUUAGUUGGUAUGAGAAGAAGGUGCAAGUGGAGGGCGAUGCAGGUCAGUCUCCUUUCGUUGAAUUCUUCGAUAUUGUCAUCCAAAGUAGCUUCAACAAGCUGAAUGAUGCCCAAUUGAGAUUGGAUCGUCUUUCGAGUCAGCUAAAGGAUAUCGGGCUUCAUGGAGUUACACAGCGAUUUGACAAAUUUGUCAGGCUGGAGACCACCUCUUUGCCAAGUGAAACAAAAAUAUUUGGUCGUGAUAAGGACCUGGAGCAAGUAUUGAGAUUUCUCAAUGUACCUGAAAAUUCAAAACGCAAGAGAGCAACUAGAUCAAUCACUGUGUCAACAAGCAACCAUGUUGGUAACAAAUCAAGAAUAUUCUUUCUUCCUGUUUUGCCAAUAGCUGGAAUUGGUGGUGUUGGAAAGACUACUUUGGCCCAGCUUAUCUGCAGCCAUCAACGAGUGAGGUCCCACUUUGACCUGAUAAUUUGGGUUUGUGUCUCAGAUGACUUUGAUGUGAAGAGGCUAACUAAAGAGGCCAUACAAUCCUGUACUAGAAACGAGGGAACAAACGAUAAUCUGGAUUCUCUUCAGCAUGCUCUUUCAAACAAAGUGAAAAACAAAAGGUUAUUGAUAGUCCUAGAUGACAUGUGGGAUGAUGCCUUGAAGGAAAAUGGGCAGUGUUGGAAGAGGUUUUGUGCACCUUUUAGAAAUGUCCAAGAGGGAAGUAUGAUGUUGGUCACCACUAGAUGUCCAAAAGUUAUUGAGGGGGUGCGCACAAUGGAUCCGGUUAACUUAGAAGGUCUAAAGGAUGACGUGUUUUGGAAUUUCUUCAAAUUGUGUGCGUUUGGAUCUGAGGAGUCUAACAAUGAUGCUGAGUUAGAGCGCAUUGGUAGAGGAAUACUUCGUAAACUGAAGGGUUCUCCUUUGGCUGCCAAAACGUUGGGACGCAUGUUAAGCAUGGACCUUCAAGCAUCACAUUGGAAUUUUAUACUUGAGAGUCAACUGUGGGAGUUGAGACAAGAGGAGACAGAUAUUUUGCCUGCGCUUCGGUUGAGCUACAUGUAUUUACCAUUCUAUUUGAAGCAGUGUUUCGCAUUUUGUGCUGUGUACCCAAAAGAUUACAAAUUCCAGAAGGCACGCUUGGCUGAAAUUUGGGUAGCAGAAGGCUUUGUGGAACCGCAAGGUGGUGUUCCAAUUAAAGUUCUUAGCCGUCACUAUUUUGAAGACCUUGUAGCACGGUCCUUCUUUCAAAAAAUGAGUUACCAGACACUAUUGGCAACUGGAAGCAUCUUCGGUACCUUGAAAUCUCCGGAGCUUAUUUUAAAAGCCAAGAAAUGCAAGCUAGAAAACUUGUCCAACGACUUUGGCAAGUUGACCGGUUUACAAAAAUUUGAACUGCAUGGAUUUACUCUUGAUUCACGGAGGAUAAACUUAAAUGAGAUACAUGCAAUUGGUACCUUUCUAUCACUGUCAGUGACAGACCUAACCAUUGAAAGGAACGAAAAUAUAUCAAGCCUGGAACAGUUUCUGCAUCCAGAGUGUGUACCAGCCAUCAAGAAAAUAAAAAUUGAAAGCUGCACGAUGUUAGCAACAAUACCAACUGAAAAGUUUGGGGAUUUUCAUUUCCUUGAAGAACUUGACAUUGGCUAUUGUCCAAACAUCUGCUCCCAAAGACUGGUAUCAUCGUCCCUUAAGAAGCUCAGCCUGCGUGGUGCUGGUCCCUUUUGCAAUAUUGAUUGCUGCUCCCUCACCUACUUUUAUUUAGCAAGUGGGCGUGUCAAGUCCAUCCAACUACAAACGUGGAGUCUUCCAUCUCUACGAGAGUUAACCAUCAUUUGCCAAUCUCUUGCAUCUAUUGGAGGCAGCAUUACAACAUUCUCAUCCCUUAAUGUCCUAACAGUUAAAUAUUGUUAUAAAUUGUUAACCCUUGAUGACCUCUUAACACAAGAAUGUCUACUUGCUAUUGAGGAAAUUCACGUCGCAGAUUGUCUCGAGUUACUGUCCCUGCCAUUUGAAAGGUUUGGGAGUUCUCCUAAUCUGAAACAUCUGGUGGUUGAUAACUGCCCAAGUCUCAACUGGCAAAGAGGAUUGGUAUUGCCAUCAUCUCUCCAAAGGCUCAGCUUAGAGUGGUGUGGGAAUAUCUCUCCAUAUGUUCCGAGCUGCCUAAAGUGCCUCACAUCCCUUGUCUCACUUCAAAUUGGUGGAUGCAAUGGUAUAACAUCCAUUCCAUGGAACAUUUGGCGCAGUAAUCUUGUAUCACUCAACAAAUUGGUGAUUGAAGAUUGUCCAGACCUAGUUUCAAUUGGUGGCGCAGAGGCAGUUGCAAAUAUAAAGGAGGUGGAGAUAAGCAGGUGUCCAAAGUUAGAGGAAGCGGAGCAGAUCAAUAGAUGA